GUGUAUUGCUGUUGCACAAUUAGUGCUUAUAUACUGAACUGACUGGUUCCUCACGUCCAACACAUUUCGUUGUAUUGCUGACUGUGUAUAACAAUAUUUCAGUUCCAAGUAUAUAUAUGUGUGUGUGUGUAUUUUGCUGAUAUUGUUUCUGUACUUUUACAGUGUGUUACUGCUUCUUUGACUUUGAGAAUAUGAAUACUUUUACUCAGAAAUAAGUCAUGAGUUGGCACGGCCUCACCAGGUGGGGAACAAACUGGCGGAGCUGGCAUGUGUAACAUCAGAGUGGGUGUAGGGCUGUGGGCAGUUUACCAUGCCCGGCCAUUAUGCCAUAAUCCUUCCUCGCUUUUCUGGAAAACCAGAAUAGCACUAAAAUCACUGACUCAAUUUUUGGAUCUCAUUUUCAUGACAAAGCGAUUGUUCCCCUAUUGCCUCCACUGUUGUCGUUUAUGAACCUGGUUAAGCGGGGGUAUAAAAGGGAGCAGAGGGCGACCAGUACAACAUCGAGACCUCGGGGGAACCAUCACUUAACAUCACCAAGGCUAUUCCACACAUUAUAUCCAAGAUGGGCAGGAUCACCUUCUACGAGGACAAGAACUUCCAGGGCCGUCGCUAUGAGUGCGACAGCAACUGCUCAGAUUUCCAUGCCUACCUGAGCCGCUGCAACUCCAUCCGUGUGGAGAGUGGGGCGUGGGUGGUGUACGAGAGGCCCAACUACACAGGCUUUCAGUACGUCCUGACCAGGGGGGAGUACCCUGAGUACCAGCGGUGGAUGGCCCUCAACGACCGCCUCUGCUCCUGCAAGAUGAUCCACUUCGCCAGUGGGACCCAGUACAAGAUGCAGCUGUAUGAGAAGUCAGACUUUGGGGGUCAGGUUGUCGAAGUCACAGAGGACUGUCCCUCUCUUAUGGAGAAGUUCCACUGGAGGGAGGUCAACUCCUGUAAGGUCUUUGAGGGCUGGUGGGUUUUCUACGAACACCCCAACUACCAUGGACGCCAGUACUUCCUGGAGAAGGGAGAAUACCGCAAGCCUGAUGACUGGGGUGCCGUCUGUGCUACGGUCCAGUCCUUCAGGCGCUUCACUGAGGGAUUUCAACUCCACCCAAAUGUUUAAAGAAAACUACUACCAUGUGGAUACUGGACUUUAAUUUUCAUUGGCUACUUUGUGAUUUUGAACUGAGUUCUCACAAAUAAAAACCUGUCCAGUAAGCAGACUGGAUUUCCAUACAAAA